AUGGCAAAAAUUUAUCCAGAAUUAGAUCGUGAAUAUAUAAUUAGUAAUGAAAAGCUUAAUCUUGACAAAAUAAUGCAAGAUAUUAUACCUCUUUAUAUUAUGGAUAUUAAUAUAAAUAGUUCAACAAUAUUUGCAACAAAUAAUGAAGAAAUUCAUAUUGAUAAUGAAGAAAUAAUUUAUGGUAUAACCGAAUCAGUUAGAAAGGCUAGUUAUAGAAGUAUAAAAGAUAUUUUGAAGUAUAUAAUUCUAUUUUAUAUUGAAGAAAAUAUAUUAGAUCCUAGUAAUUCUCUAAUUAUACUACGAAUAUCAGAUGACGGUCAAAAUGUAGGAUACUAUGUAAAGUAUGUAAUGAUUACAUGUUCUAUUCUUAAUGAUAUUAGUAAUCUUCAGAUAUCUGAACGACAUUAUACUAUAGUUCUAUAUCCUGGCAUUGAAGAUUAUCAAAUUUUACAAAAUAUUUUAAUGCUAUUAAUUCAUGAUCUAUAG